UCUCCACCAAAAUCAUUCUAAUUUCUUUAAUUCUUCAAUAAAGAUCGGAUGGGAUUGUGCUUAUCGUGCGAAAGUAGGUGGACCAGUUCUCCCACGGUGGCUAAGAAGUGGAAGUUUUCGACAAUCACAUCGUUUGAGCAGAAGAAUAAUGAGGAUAAAGGGUUGCACCACGGCCACCGUCACUUCUCCUUGAAUCGGCCGACUGAGGUCGCCUCCCUCUUUUCAGAGCAAGGCAAGAAAGCCAUGCUUGCUUUGGAGAAGUUUGGUUCAACCACAGAAAAUAGUAGUAAGAAUGAAUUGAACGAGUUUGGUUCGAGAACAGAAUACACGGCCUUCCUUGACGGCCAAGGCCCUCAAGGCCAUAUGGUCGCUAAGCGUGUCCGGGAUUUUCUCCCUUUGAAGCUGAGUGAGCAAUGGGAAGUCAAGAUUCUUAAGAAAAACACAUGCAAUUUUGAGCCGAAUCAGAAAUGCGUAUGUGGAACUACCUCGGUCACCCUAGUGACAAAGGGUAAAGAUCUAACGAUCGGAAAUAGUGGGGAGUCGAGAGUUGUACUAGGGAUGAGAUAUGCGAAUAGUUUAUUCGUUCCAGUACAGUUGAGUGUGGUGAAGACGCGUUUGUACUGUUAACAACAGCCGGUGUUUGGGACAUCCUGUCGAAUGAGGAAGUGGUAUCUAUGGUGGCCGAUUCCCCUACACGCUUGUGUGCAGCUCGAGCAUUAGUGAAUGUAGUAGUUGGUAAAUGGAUGAGUAAGUAUAGGUUAUCAAAGGAUGAUGCUGUUGAUUGUCCAGUGGUUUGCCUCUUCCUCAACGAGCCUCGAGAGAGGAAGAGAAUACUUCAUGUUUGUUCUCGUCCCGAGCAAUU